CUGCUUUCGUCAAAAAGGCUGCUCAACGACCACAUCUAGUUCCAACAUCACCCCGAUACACCAUGGCUAUCCAUACGUCAAGAUCCCGUGUCAAGUUCCUACACACCAAACAAGGUGGCAAGAAGGAAAAGCAGCUGGUAGAUGUUGCAAAGCGAAAGCAGGUAAAGGUCGCCGCGGACAACACGGCGGAAGGGACUGAGGGUCUACGGAAAUCAACCAAAGCAAGUGAGCGGGUGAAAGCGUUUCCAGUCUUCGCUGAGAACGACUCAGAUACCACCAUUGAAGAGGUCACUGAAGAUGUACCACCAUUCUCGAAGCAACGGAUUCCAUCUACAGACGAAAUCGCAUGCAGUUCUCCGUUCAAGAGCGAGCUUCGCGCCGCGAUUACGGGUUCAUAUGUCUCUGCUGUUGAAGACAAUGCGACUAGUCCACCUCACCCUCCGAUAGAACAAGACGCGACCGACUCUCCGACCGACUCACUCGUAAUGCAAGCGCCGCUUUUUGAACCAACCGAGCAAGAACUUCAAUCAGAGUCGCAGGUCCAGGCCCCUCAACCUAUAGCUCGAGAGCGCAGCUCUCCAUCUCCAUCGAUCUUACAGAAGAUUUUCAAUCUGUUCACUGGGCGUAAGAAGGCUCCAGAGGCCCAGGAGUAUAAGAAGCACAGCAAGCCCAACCCUACAUUCAGAUGCACGGCGCAGGAACCAGUACUUGAACCCGACGAGCGAAAGACUACACCCGAGGAAAGUCGCCCUCCCCCUAGGCUCACACACGCGCAAACUAUCCCUCCAGUCCGCGUUCCGGGAAUAGAACAUCUUUCCCACCGCCCAGGCUAUACAGAGGUAUUACCAGCACCCGAACACAGGUACACGGGCUUCGCUGCCGUGGCGCAAGAUACAUUCAAGCCUACAGUUGUCCAGCGAGGCUUUGAGGUGGGCCACGGAUCACCACCGCAACCACUCCAAAAUCGACGCAAUAACUCUGCGGGCAAUCUGUUAGAUCGGAACGGUGAUACGUGGUCUAACUGGCAUUCGAAGAACCCUAGCCCGGAGAAGUCCCCUUUUGCUCGUACGCAUUAAGUCGGGGAGGGUCUAUACCAGCAGCCUGCAUCAGUGAACAAGAGUAGGGCGGAUGUGGAGGGAGUGAGCGCAUCGAGAGUACGUCGCGAAAUUCUUCUCCUGGUCUCGAUGAUGCUGGCCAACAUCACAACAUAACAUAGUAAUCAUAGAGUUCCAUGAAU